AUGAUCCAUAUAAUUGUCACAGUUGAGUUUGGGAAAAAGAACGUGGGAAAAAGAGAAAAACUACCAGGCUGCUAGCCUACAUUACACUUUACAAUAAUUACACUUUACGCCAAUCAAUUACACAAAUACCUAAUACACUACACUAACAAUUAAAAUAAUUACUUACUGGAUUUGAAAAAAAAAGAUUGA